AAUACAGAGGAUGAAGUUCAACCUUCUGACGAUGAAUCGGUGGAGAGUGAUGAAGUGUUUACUAUGAAAAAUUGGAUGUUUAACCUCCAACAAUCUAAUAAAAUGAGUUACUGUGUAUUGUGUGAUUAUCUCAUAACAAGAAUUAAUUUCAAAAGACACACUAGAACACGUCAUCAUUUAAGAUUUCUAUCGUUAAUACACAAGGAUGAAUUUAUUGCAGAUAAAACGGCUGAUAAAAUAAAAAAUGAGACGUUGUCGUUUAUUGAAAAUAAUAACUUUGUUAAUGAUGACUUACAGAAGAAGUAUGACUGGAUUUCUUAUGACCCGCAAAACUCAUUAGUGGCUUUGUGUAAAGUUUGUAACAAGGAUAUUACCCAUCCUUGCUCUGAAACUAAAUUGAAGGUGCAUGAAAAAAUUGCUCAUGGUAAACAGAACCCAGUCGAACUUGUCAAUCAGAUGAAAGACGAAAGUGUCAAUCAGAUGAAGAAUGAGACACAUAAUGAAGUGUCACAUUCCGAAUCUGAAGAGAAUUCGGAAGAUAGUCAGGACGAAGAAAGUGAUUAUAAAACGUACCAAAAAAAGAGAAUCAAACGACUGUCCGACGAAUGGUUCAGAGUUUACAAGUGCUAUCGAAAAUCUGACGAUCCACAGUAUAUAUAUUGUAAUUAUUGUAAGGUACCAUUGCUACCUACAUUUUCUCGCUACAAACAUGAAAAGUGUGCUCGUCACCAACAGGGAGUCAAGCGUAGUUUGUUGGAAGAACGUAAAAAUCAGUUAAAGAGUAAGAGCAAAUUGCAUCUUGGAGUUUUUAAGCGGAGUAUUGAAACUAAAUCUCUAAAGUCGAAUGAUAUAAAUAAUAUGAAAGUAAAAAUUAUGCAUUUACAAAAAAAUCACCCUUGGGUGCAAUACAAUCCUAAAGAACUUCAGCCUGAUUAUGUCCUUUGUACUAUUUGCAACGACCGCGUUUUCGUACCUACUUCGGAUUCUGUUAAGAAGCAUGAAAAAAAACAUUAUGGAGGAGUUAAUAAAGUUGUAUAUAGAAGAGAAAUCGAAAAUCAAUUCAGUUACGAUAAUAUGGAAAAUGAGAAUAACAUAAUAAGUGAAUCAUUGCAAUGUGAAAUAUUGAUGCCUGAAGAUCCAAAGUCUGACAAACAUAAGAAAAAUAUGCAAAACAUAGAUACUAACGACGAAGUUCAAAUCUUAGAAGAGCCUUUUAUCAAGGUUGAGAAAGAUGACGGAAGUAUUUAUCAAACUAAUCCAAAACGUAUCCAGAACUCAGACACAGAAGAAACUAUAAUGGCUAAACGAGGAAAGUACACAGAAGCACAUCAAUCCGUAGAUGAUGCCAUUAAUAUUCUUUGCAAAUAUAAAGAUAAAUGCACAAAUGCCAAUUCUUCGAAAUCAGAAUCAAGUAGAAAUACUUAUGAUUUGUUUUUUGAUAGUGUCAGUGAAACUGUUAAAAAGCUUCCAAAUGAUUUAGCAGCUGAAGCCAAGGUGCGGGUUUCUAGUAUUAUAUAUGAACUUGAAGUACGUGCAAUGCAGCGCGAGCAAGAAAUUGUAGAUUCUCAGAACUUGAGUACAGCAACCAUAAACGAAAAUUCAAUAACCCAAAAUGAAAAUCAUAAUUUAAUGAACAACUCUGAUGGUCAUAAUUCGUUUGGUAAUAUAAGCACUAUACAACCUUUUCGUACCAUUCCACUUACAGGACAACCGGCGUCACCAGUAAAUCCUAAUUCAAAAUUGAAACUGCGUAUACAAAAACAUAUUACUAAACCUUCAUCAUCGACACCAGUGGCAUCGAGCCAAAAACUUCUCAGUUUUGUAAGGACAUCUGAACAACAAUUAAGAAUUACUUCAAAUGGAGAAUCUAUCGAAAAUUUAGGUGAUAACCAAGAAACGGAGACAAUUAUUUUGGGUAAAAAUCAAACUUCUAAUCAAUUGAAUCCAACUGAUCGGCAAAUGACUGAAGCAAGCAGCACAGGUUUGCGUGCGCGAAGUCUAGAGUCUAUGUUACAAAAUGCAGUGCUUCCAGUUAAGCUUACAUCUCUGCCAACAUCAAACCUUCGUCAAACUAACUUAUUUAACUUUAAAAAUGGUGUGAUACGUACUAAGUCGACCACUGACGCUUGAAAGAGCGAAAUUUUAAUUAGUAAAGUUAAAGUUAUUGUAUAAAGUUCUUUCGAACUAUAAGUUGGUAACAGUUAUGUUUGUCAUAUUUAUUAAAUCUUUUUUUCCAGUUAUUAUGUAAAAUUAUAUUGAUGUAUUGUUAAAAAUGCGGAGGAACCAAUGCAUAGAGAGAUUGCUUUUUUUAUAACUAAAGCGAUCAAAGUCUACACAAGUAAAUUAUGUCGCGAACUAUCACUGGUAUGAAGUAACAACAAUUAUGUAUUGCAGAACACCAUUCCAGAAAUUAUGUGAAAUAAAAAAUUUUAACAUAUUACAUAAGCAUAAAU